AUGGACAAGAUCGAAUCAAUGGUAUCCCACAGCGAGGGAGACGUCGGUCUCGUAUCCGAGCCAUAUCUGCCUAAGACAAACAAGAAGGGGUUGGUGUUGGUGCCGCAGCCCACCGAUGACCCUCAAGACCCGUUGAACUGGCCAGCAUCCAAGAAAGUGGUGACCCUGGCCCUGGUCUCACUGGUGUCCUUCUCCACCUCUCUCCAGGCCGUGGCGAACAACUCGGGCUUCUUCGUGCAGGGAGAGGUCUACCAUAAGACGGGAGUCCAGCUCUCAUACAGUGCUUCUUCUGCCAUCGCCGGACUGGCUGUCGGACCAUUCAUUUGGAACCCUCUAGCGAAGCGUUUCGGGACCAGUCGGUGCAUCGUGAUCAGUAUCUGCCUGACGAUAUGCAUGAACAUCUGGUCCGCAUGCAUGACCAAAUCUAACCAGUACGACGCCUUUGUCGUAUCCAGACUGCUGGCGACCAUUGCUUGUGCUGCUCCUACUACUGUGGGAUCGAACAUCAUCUUGGAGACAUUUUUCCUGCACGACCGGGGCAAAUGCUUCUCCAUUUACACAUCAAUGAAUCUCCUCGGUAUCAUUGCCACGAGCACCUUGUCCGGGUUCAUUGUGCAGAACGUCAGCUGGACCGUCCAGUAUUGGUACAACGUCGGCUUCGAAGUGUUCCUCGCCGUAUGCUGCGUUCUGUGGCUGGAUGAAACGGCCUAUCCCAGGAGCGACAAUCCGCAGCAGCCGCUUCUCCCGCGGGACUACGUUCAGCGCAAGCUCGCAAUCUACGGAUGCACACAGAGGAUAACGCCCCCGCAAACGGGUCGUCAACUCGCCUUCACCACGGUGCUGCCCGUGCUCAUCGGCGUCUCACCCGUGGGUAUGCUGGUUGGGCUCUUUCUCAUUGCCAUGUUCAGCUGGGCUGUGGUCAUAGCCACCGACACAUCCGUGUACUUGCAGACACCGGUCGAGGAAGGGGGCUAUGGAUUCACCCCGUAUCAAAAUGCUUACUUUUCCUUCACAUCCUGGAUCGGUGUCUUCGCCUCCCAGGCGUAUUGCCACCUCGUCAACGACCGGCUGGCGCUGAAGAUAUGUGCCCGCCGCGGCGGCAUGUGGAAGCCCGAAUACCGGCUUCACGCGCUGUGGUUCCCAAGCCUCUUCCUGUACCCGGUCUCGCUGGGCCUGGUGGGUGCGACGCUGUACUACCACCUGCACUUCAUGGUGCUUGCCUUCGCGGUGUUCCUGACGGCCAUCGCCUCCAUCUCGGGCGUUUCAGUGGUUCUUUCGUAUCUUGUCGAAUGCUUCACCGACCACCCCAACGAAGUCGCCGUGGUGGUCAAUCUGUACCGUCUCGUGUUCGGCAUUGCCGUCACGUUCUUCGUCUUUCCCUGGUCGGACGCCGUGGGCAUCAAUUGGGCGUACGGCAUGAUGGCCUUCUUCACGGCAGGUGGGUUCAUCCCCAUUGCGGUCCUGAUGCUGUGGGGUCCCGGUAUCCGUGCCAGAAGCCUGGUCGCGGCGAAGAGCGAUGAUGGCGUGAAGGUGUCUGCUGACCAGAGCCAUGAUGCUAUCAAAGCAUGA